CGCUUUCCUUUCUUCCGUGCCGGUCGAGAGGGCUGUUCCUGCGGAGCCAUGGCGGCUCGGAUGAGAGCGGGGAAGGAGAAGGAUCAAGCCAGCGAAGGGGAGGAAGAGGAGGAGGAGGAGGAAGAAGAAGACGGAGGUCUUUGGGAGUACGACUCCACUUGGGAAGAGGAAGAGGAGGGAAAGGAGGAAGAGGAGGAGGAGGAAGGGAGGCGGGAGAAGAAGAGCCGGGAACCGGCUUCUCAAGCCGCUCACCUGGAAGACUCCAAAGCCCGAGAGAAACACAGCUGGUGGCCGACCAACCCGAAGUGGGCCUCCGCUACCCAGAGCAUAAAUAGGCGUAACUGGAACGCAGCCAGAGAUAUGCAGAAAUAUAGGCGGCAUUACCCGGGAUUAACAGAAAUUGAGGUCAAUGAGGAAGAAAUGUGGAACCUGAGCUUUUACAAAAAUGAGAUUAAUUUUUUGCCCCGGGGUCUCUACAUUGAAGAUCUCCUUGAGAACUGGCAAGAUAACUACGGAGUUUUGGAAGAAAACCAUUCAUAUAUUCAGUGGCUGUUUCCUUUACGUGAACAAGGGAUGAAUUUUCAUGCCAAACGGCUCACGUGCCAAGAAAUUGAGGCCUUUAAGAAAUCUAAAGAAGUCAUGGAGAGGUUCGUCCGGGCUUAUAAACUCAUGUUGAAAUUUUACGGCAUCAACUUAAUCAGUGAGGAAACGGGAGAAUUGAAAAAAGCUGAAAACUGGUCUGAGCGAUUUGGGAAUCUGAAUCGGUACAGCCAUAACAAUUUACGGAUCACUCGCAUCUUGAAAUGCUUGGGAGAGAUGGGCUAUGAACACUACCAAGUGCAGCUGGUAAAGUUCUUCCUGACAGAGACUCUGGUCCACCAGAUGUUGCCUCGGGUGCUGAGAAGUGUCUUGGACUACUUCAUGUUCACCAUCCGACACAAACUCAAACGACAGGAACUGGUCUAUUUUGCCUGGCAACACUUCAAGCCAAAGCACGAAUUUGUCUGGGGUCCUCACAAGAAACUCCGGAGGUUCAAACCUCAGUCCUCCGAGCUUCUGAGUAAUCCAGAAGAGCAAGAACACACCAAGAAAGGAGACGGAGAGGUUGUGGAGAAGGACAGUGUUGAGUCACCCCAAGCAAUCCUUCAGAGAAGGAAGUCUUCUGGGCAGGAAGAAGCUAGGGAAGCUCUAGAAAAAGAGAAACAUGGGUCGUCAGAGGAGAGCUGUGUCGCUCACUAUGAUUUGGCUACAACAAUACAUCAUAACCAUAUUGAGCAGCCUGUAUCCAGCAUUAGUGCCACGUUGAGCCUUUCAGCCAGUAAUUCUAUGCAGGGCAAAGGUAUUGGGAGGAGAACAACCUCUGUAGAAGAUGCUGAUCUAACGCAAGAUGGGGAGUUUGUAGAACCCCAGUUGAAACCUGUAGAUGACUAUAAGACUUCCAGAACAACAAAUCAAUCUCACCUUACUUUGGGAGAGAAGGAAGCCAAGGGAGACAGUGAAGAAGGCAGAGUAGCUUCAGAUUGUCCUUUGGAAAGAAAGGAUCAUGCUGAAGAGCGUGUGGGUGAAGCUGAGGAAGAAAACCUCAAGGAAUCCAAGAAGAGGAAGCUGGAGCUGAACAGAUUAAGUGGAGAAACCCCUGAGGCAUCCAAAAGCUCCAGUGAUAUUGAGAGGAUCUCCCAAAAUCUUGGCGAGGUGGUGAUCACCAAGGAGGAAAUUAACUUCUUGGCCCCCAAAGGUGGCAGUGAGGACUCCAGAGAUGGGAAGGAGGUUGAAUCCCUUGAUGCGGUGAGAAAGAGGCGGAAAGUAGACAUUGCACCCAAAGAUGAUUCUUCAGAAGUAGACAGUGAGGUGAUCCCAUCUAAAGACCAAGGAGCAAGUGAUAGUACUCACGAAGAUAAAGAGAACGAUCUUGUCUGCCAAGAACAAACCAAAAUGGCGGCCAAUCCUUCUGCGGACACUUUGAUAGGACCUAAGGCUGGAGCUGUGGAGGUGUUGGUUGAUUCCAAAAAGAAUGACCUCCCUGGAGAUAGCUGUCUUCUGGAGAAAGCGAACGAACAAGAAACUACUGCUCCAACAGAAAGUGAUGCCCCUUGGUUGUCUGAAACUAUAACAGUUGAUGAAAAGGGUGUAAGAAACAACGCAGGAUGGAAAGAGCAGGACCUUGAAGAAACAUCUGAUGGUUUCCUAGAAAGGAAUGAAAUCUCCAAAAUAAAGGAACGUGAAAGCACCACGGCUGGACCAGAAGAAGAGUAGUCCUAUCCCAGAUCGGAUGAAACUGUCCCAAAAUACUAGAGGUCCAAAGGGCGUGUAUCUUUUCAAAAGCAGGUCAAAAUAAUCCUUGCUUGGUUUAUGGUUUGGUCUCUCCAGGUUUUUAUAAACAUGGGAUAUAAUUGACAUCUUAAGGGUAACGUCUUUAGGAUGAAAGAUUACCACACUGAGGUGUGUCACUUGCGCAUCUGAUAGUCCCACUUCUAGAAGUCUUAUUUCUUCUAAUGAAUUGCCCAAGGGCUUUGUUCUUCUUUUUUAACAGAAAGCACAGGCCUGUUAAAUACAAUGUAUGCAACCUUGCAGGUGUGUUUUGCGGUGUUUGCUAGAUGAGCCACAAGAAUGUUAUUUGCUAAAUUAAGUUUGUCUUUGUUAAAUAAAGAUCUUUUAACUUUU